AUGAAGCAGUUCCUUGGUAUACUUUACCUCUGCAUGCCCCUGGUCUCCCAGGCUUGUGCCGCCUCCCAUGUCACCCAUGGGUCCAUUGUUGCGCAUACCGGAGAGCCGAUAGGGGAGGAGAUAGAAUUUGGUAACACGACUUUUUACGUUACCGGCAAGCAGUCCAAGACGGCUGUUUUGUACCUGACAGAUGUCUUUGGUAUACAGUUGGCUGAGAACAAACUGUUAGCGGAUAGCUUCGGUCGUGCUGGUUAUCUAACCAUCGCCCCAGACAUGUUUGGCGGGAAGCCUGCACCGGUUGAUCUUAUUGAUCCCGGUUUCAAUAUGACGGGGUUCUUGUAUCAGAAUCGCCCAGAGGUUAUUGACCCAAUACUCAAAUCAAGUGUGGACUUCAUCCGAGAAAAGCUUUUCGUCGACAAUAUCGUUGCUACUGGAUACUGCUUUGGCGGCCGUUAUGCCUUCCGCUUGCUCUCCGAGGGUCACCACGUGCGAGCUGCCUUCGCUGCCCACCCAAGCCUUCUCGAGGAUGAGGAAAUUGCAAAUAUCACUGGUCCAGUUUCAGUUGCUGCUGCAGGUUACGAUGGACAGCGCGUUAACGUAGUAACAGAGACUGAUGAUGCAAUGCCUGUUGAGCGCCGCCAUGAAAUUGAGGAGCAGCUCUUGAAAACUGGGAAGGCAUACUCGCUUUCCCUUUACAGUGGCACUAUGCAUGGGUUCGGCGUUCGCGCCAACGUAUCCGAUCCUGAGCAGAAAUUUGGAAAGGAGGCGGCUUUUUUCCAAGCUGUUAGGUGGUUUGACACAUGGGCUUCAAACAAAUAG